AUAUCAAGAAUCAUGCUAAGACCAGCUCUAGACGAUCGUCGCAUUGAAAGUAUUUAGGUUUUAUCAGAGCAUUUUCCAGAAAUGUUUACUUCUACCAACGGUACCCGUAUUGUCUUGACCAAAACUAAAGAAGUCUACUCCAGUCCAGAGAGUAAAGAUGCAGAGAACCGCACACAGCGGUCAUCUUCUAAUCUAAUUCCGAACUAUGGAGGCCUUCCAGAAUCGAAGAUGUUUCCACCUUUCUUGAGAUACGCAAAAAGCACAGAUUGCGGUAGCUACGCGAACAGAGGGAAAUAUUUAGGAGGAGAAUUCGCCGAUUUCGAGAACGCAGCUCAGGUAGUAACCUACGCACAUAGCAUGGGAAGAGGCUUCAAAACCUCAGGCGCUAAGUAUCUCGAGAAAACAGAUGAGGUAACAGAAAAACCGUCAGAGAAAGAAAUGAAGGAAGAUUCAUACGACGAAGAUGAUACAAAUAACGGAAAAGAGGGAAAGGAGAGCUACUGGGAACGGCGAAGGAAAAACAAUGCCUCGGCGAAAAAGUCGCGUGAUGCAAGGAAAUUUCGUGAACUGCAAACGCAAUUAAAAGCGGCUUUCCUUGAGAGAGAGAACUUGCGAAUGCGUACAGAGCUUAUGAUCAUCCUAAAAGAAAACGCUUGUUUGAAACGAGUUUUAUGCGCCAAAAUGACAUGAUGGAUACGUGUUACUAUGUUUUGGUAUUCUUGCGAAAAAAAAAGGAUUUGCGAUUGUGUUUUUUUUUGUCUUUAUUAAUGUUUACAUAAAACUAGGUUGAUAUG